ACACUAAUACAUUACCUCCCCCCAGCCUCUGUGUUUCAUCUAUUCCUUCACCGAGACGACUGUAAUUUCUCCUGGGAGCCUAACGCCCAGGCCGUCUCUGGACAUCGUGAAGAAAAUAGAGGAAGCGCUGAUACUACACAAAAUACAGAUAUACGCUCAAUGUUGCAAAAUCUGAGGCAGAAAAGGCUGCACUAAUUUUAAACUCCAACCAACAAGAGAACGGCACAGCGAGACACCAUCCUCAACCAAGACAGGCUACAGCUAGCAGGCUACGGUCCUGUCACAAACUAUGCAAGUUGUUAUAUUGUUAUUUUAAGAUCUCUAUUUUUGUUUUUUUGUACCUUGAAUCGCGGGCUCGGCUUGGAUUAAGCCUCAGACUCGCAAUUGACGCUUCUGUUUGAUCUCUGAACGGGACACUCGAGAAGAUCUGGGAUUAUUGCUUUACGGGAAAGAAUGGAUGAUAUAAAAUAAUAACAGCAUCGACGAGAUGACCAAGCGCUGAACUGCUGUGCUGGAAAAGCCUGUCUUUGCUCCAACUUUUUUUGGGGGGGCUUGUCAGUUUCACUUGGCAAUGGAUGAGUUCCAUCCGUUUAUCGAGGCCCUCCUGCCACAUGUGCGGGCCUUCUCCUACACCUGGUUCAACCUGCAGGCCCGCAAGCGCAAGUACUUCAAGAAGCACGAGAAGAGGAUGACGAAGGACGAGGAGCGCGCGGUGAAGGACGAGCUGCUGGGGGAAAAGCCCGAGGUCAAGCAGAAGUGGGCGUCGCGGCUCCUGGCCAAGCUGCGCAAGGACAUCCGGCCCGAGUGCCGCGAGGACUUCGUGCUCUCCAUCACGAGCAAGAAGGCGCCCUGCUGCGUGCUCUCCAACCCCGACCAGAAGGGCAAGAUGAGGAGGAUCGACUGCCUGCGGCAGGCCGACAAGGUGUGGCGCCUGGACCUGGUGAUGGUCAUCCUCUUCAAGGGCAUCCCGCUGGAGAGCACGGACGGCGAGAGGCUGGUCAAGGCGGGGCAGUGCUCCAACCCCAUCCUCUGCGUCCAGCCGCACCACAUCAGCGUCUCAGUCAAAGAGCUCGAUCUUUACCUGGCCUACUUCGUCCAGGAGAGGGAGUCAGAGCAGAGCAGCAGCCCUCAUACCGGUAUUGGCUCAGACCAGGAGGACAGCAGAGCUGCUACCAUGGAUGGUCCUGAUUUUCAGGAAAGCUUCAUCACGUCAGGAGUUUUUAAUGUAACAGAGCUAGUGCAAGUCUCCAGAACUCCAGUGGUGACAGGCACAGGGCCUAACUUCUCUCUGGGGGAGUUACAGGGACACCUGGCCUACGAACUCAACCCCCCAGGGGCAGGAAUGAGGAGAACCCUGCCCAGCACCUCCUCUAGCGGGAGCAAGAGGCACAAGUCGGGAUCGAUGGAAGAGGACGUGGACACCAGCCCAGGGGGCGAGUACUACCCCUCGCCCAGUUCGCCUGGCAGCAGUUCCCGAAACUGGCAGGAGGACAUGGAAGGAGGGAUCUCUCCCACAGUGAAGAAGACCGAGAUGGACAGCCCCUCCCCCCAGGACAGCUCACCCCGCCUCAGUUUCACACAGCACCACCGGCCGGUCAUCGCAGUCCACAGCGGCAUCUCCAGGACUCCACACCCUUCUUCGUCUUUGCACUUCCCCACCACCUCCAUCCUGCCCCAGUCGGCCGCCUCCUACUUCCCCCACACCGCCAUCCGCUACCCUCCGCACCUCAGCUCCCAGGACCCGCUGAAGGACCUGGUCUCCCUGGCCUGCGACCCCUCCAGCCAGCAGCCCGGCCCGCUGAAUGGCAGCGGUCAGGUGAAGGUACCCAGCCACUACAUCUCCUCCCAGAUGCUGGUGCCCCCGCCACACCCCAGCUUGCCCCGCUUGACGCUGGCGCCUGACUCCAAAUCCACCACCACCACCUCAGAAGGAGGGGCCAACUCUCCUACAUCACCCACGUACUCAGCCCCCGGGACACCCCCUGCCAGCCGGCCCUUUGUAGGCAUCGGACCGAGGGAUCCUGGAGGACUCUAUCAGACACAGUCUUGGUAUCUGGGGAACUGAAGAACGCUUACAAAUAAUCCUUCGGAGCAUGGACACAUGGAUUUGAGACAAAGAAAUUGGGACUUAUUGUGGAAUUAUGAAUGCGAUGCAAGAGGGAAAGCAAAAUAAAUAUAUAUGCAUAUGUAGAUUUAAAAGAAGUUUUAAUUGGGCAUCUUGAAGGAAGAGAGAGAAUUCAAGGAUAGCCGAAAGAGAGAAGAGGAUUUUUGGAGGCAGUGGGGGUCCCGACACCCCCCCCAACAUGUGCAGGAUGUGGGCUCUCCCUCCUUAUUCAAGGUGCUUCUUCCUCAUAUAUGCAAAAUAAGUAUCCUUUAUUUUCUUAACCGCCAAGAAUGGAGAACCAAAAGAGCUGUUCCAGAAAACGACAUUUUCUUCCCAAGACCACCGACCGACAGAGAUCCCCGUUUUUGAAAGCGGACGAGGGCGAAUACGCGGCCGAGAGCUGCGCCUAGAUUCCCAGGAGCCCCUUUACUUUAAAUUCUGACUGAACGGAUAAAAAUCUUGCAGUUUCUUAGACAAUCACCUGUGCUGCAUAUUUAUUUCUUUGGCAGCGAGAGGGAGAAAUGUUAAGAAUGCACGUUCCUUCAGCGCUGCCCGGCGUGCGGUAACUUACUUAACGCUUUUAUUUUCGGAGGAUGAGUUUUCUAGUACUCGCUUGUGGGUGUUAAUAACUCCGUGAUGAUCGUAAGACCAGUGCGGGAGAAGAAGGGCACCUGGACUGAGCUCUGCACAGGAAGCGAUGCGACGACAACAAACAGGGUCUCGGAUCAAAGAGAAACCUUCUCCUGGACGGAACGUUCCGGAUGGGACCUCUCCUGCUUUCGAGGCCUGAUGCCAAAACACUGGGCGUGGACACGGACCUGCUUCUCCUUCUACCCACAGUGCUUUGCAGCGAGGUUCAACACGGUCAGCUGCCUCCUCCUUUAUUUUUCUUAGCAGAAUGUUUGUAUUGUAGGCCACAAAGUGACCAAACAUCCUGACCUCUGCAGUCGAGGAAGUUUAUAAUAAACAUAAAAGUAAGCGUACGUAAAAAAAUCUUUAAAAAUGCACCUCCCGAUUACUGCACCGAGUCGUGUUCUUCUCGCUGUUUUGCAAGCAGUUUUUAGUCAGACUAGAUGCAAUGGCUUUAUUUCUGCAUGGUGGCUCUGGGAAUACUUGCAAAAAAAGACUUCUGUCUCGUGCUGCAGAAGUGAGUCUAAGAGAGAAACACUUUUCUUUUUAAAAUAUUUUUUGUUUCGAUUUCAUUGGAAAUGAAAUGCAUUGCACUACUAUAAAGUUCAUUUUCUUCUUUAGCAGCUAUUUUUUUAACAUGUUUGGCAUAAUCAUAUGAGAUGCUGCAACACAAGUUUUUUUUUAAGAUAGUAGAGUGUAGUAUAGUAGUUCUUUUGGUAGCGGGGUACCUGAGUUACAAUCAUUGGCUUUCUUAUUAUGUCAAUAUGAUCAGAAUUGUUAAUCCAGUACUACUGUGUUUCAAAUUUUAUAUACUGAUCUUGAAAAUGUUUCCUUUGUGUGCAUGUGUAAAGAAGAAUCCAGUGGCAUUUCUAGUGGCAUAACCCUACCAUUGCGACCUGUUCAACCAAAUUUUCUAUGUACAAUCUGAAGAGGGACUUUUGGGUGGCAUAUUUUAAAGCAUACAGGAGAUUGCAUACAGUACAUGGAUGAGUGAAUGAAUCUGUGAAUGCGACAAAUGGUCUGGUGCUAGGAUGCCUAGGCCUGAAACCCCUAUUGUAGGUUUGUGAGACCUUUGUUCCUGGUUGGUUGCCGACUUCAUAGGUAUCUGUAUGUGAUGGCUUUAAGUGCACAUGGUGUUAUUCUGGUGCUUUUUAAUGUUGAGGAAAGGUCAGCCUCGCUCUUCCCACAGUUAUUCCCAGCAUGUUAGUGUCUGAAAUGUAUUUGAAAAUACUAAGAAAUGAGAACACGUGUGCUGUGGAAUUGGCAUAAACUAGCACCGAACAUUAAAACUAGGUUGGGACGCUUCUUUAUAAAAUAAAAAGAAAAAAAACACGAAAUAUUAAAGCCAUGAAAAGUGCCUAAGCUUUUCUGUAGAGCUUUUUUUUUUCAUUUUUAAUUGAGACCUGAGCUUUUCGGGGGUAGAACUGGCGGCUCCGAGCCUGAGGUUAGGCAGCAGUUUGGAAGGGAAACAGGUGUCGGCGGAUUUGCACGGAAACGUCUAGUGGCCUGAUGAUAUUUCACAGCUCAAGAAAGAGGCAAAACAACAUGACACACGACAACACUUAUGACCCAUGUAUGCCCCUUUGUUUCUGCUAUAAACACAAUCAAACUGACACACACCGUAUAAGUGGCCAAUAUUAUUCGUAAGGGAAUAGGAAUAAUACUCGUACAAGUCGGUUCUGCUCUGAUUACUUCAAUAGCAAUGACUGCUGUACAGGUUCCACCUGUAUUUAUUUGCAGAACAUGGCGUUAAAGGUUCGGUAAUAAUGUACAUUCACAUAUCUAAAUACAAAAAUAAAUAUAUCUGACCGUUGUAAUGAUGAGAUGACAUGUCCUGUUCAGUACUGAUGGGUUCUGUUCUUCUGCCCUGUAGAUCUUAAUGCAGUCGGUACCGAUGCUACUGAUGGGUUCUGUUCCAUCUGCCCUACUGUUGAUUUCCUUCUAACUCCCUCUAUCAUAAAUCCUGUACCUUGCACGAUGUUUUAUUUAUCACAUUAUGUGCCUUGCCUUAGGGUAAAAAUGAUGAUAAUCAAUGAACUAUUAAAGCGCAUUACGAAUAUUAAUUUCUCUUUUUGAGUAUAAUCAGCAUUUCUGAACGAAAAAAAGAAAUACAAAAUUGCUGCAUGUGUGAAUGCUUCUCUUUAUCCAAGUAAAAGAAUCACUAGAUUACCAUUUUUAUAAAAACAGAAACUCUUUAAAAAAACAUGCUUGGAGAAAUGAGAUGGAAUAAUUUUGAAUAGUAUUUUUAAUCCCCACGAUAUUGUAAUGACAUUUAUCGAGACUCGGUUUGUUCUCUCUCUGUGGUUCUUUUUACUUUGGAGGAAUUGUUUUGGAUUAUAUUCACUUCCCUUUGGAGUAGUGGGAACACUUGUUCCAUUGUGAAUGUUCUCAGUAGAUUUCUUGUUUUCAUUGAUUAUUAUCUUCCCCACAACCUUGUCUUUAAACUUGUGUUUAUUUUAAAAACAUUAUGCAAUGUCAGUUUUUUUCUAUACCAACAGUCCUGUUUAUACUGAAAACACAUUUGACUUCCUCUUUAUAUUGUAUAUGAAAAAUGCUGAGUAAUUUGCGGUGCUAGUUGCCGUAGCUGUUUUUCAUUGACAUUGGCCAAAGUUUAGUAUGCAUGAGAAGGAUGAGGAAGUUGUCCAAAGAUAAAUAUAUUUGAAUGAAGAGGGGAUGAAGUGUUUCCCCCCCUUUUUUGGGGGAGGGAGGGGGAGCUGAGGCAAGUCAUGGGGUAACCUCAUUUUGAGGGUAUAGCUUGGGCUUCGCUUGCACUUAACACAACUUCAAAAUGCUGAGUAGGACAAACCUAUGAGAGAGAUGUGCCGUGUAUCCAUUUUCCUAAAUGUUCUUAAUUUGCUGUGGAUAUUAAUAAGACUUUUAAGUUUAUGGAAAACAGCUGAUUCCAGGACAAAAGCAGUUUGAUCAAGCUUCUGUUCUGAGUGCCAAUCUGAUUCAUAUCCAGUGUAUUGUGAGGACAAAUUGGUGGGUUGCAUUUUAAUCACAGUCUCUGUAUUAUUUUCAUUUUUAUAUACAUUUGAAAGAUAAUAAAUAAUUGAAAGCAGUCUUACUGUUAAGGUACACUCUCUUUGUCAUUCUUAGAAUUUGGAUGCCUAAGUUUAAGAAAUUUAGAAAUUCCAAUGUGUGCUUACAGCCUCCUGCAUAUAGCCUAACAUACUGUACCCCAGAGAUGUAUGAUGAAUUCUUUCAUACAAAUUGUUGAGUAGUUUCACUAGUUUGUGAUUAAUCAAACUUGUGCAGUAUAAUUUGUCAAUACUAAAGACACAUCGAAAAUAAGGCUGCCUCCCCUCUGUGUCUACCAGUUAUAUGUGUGCAUACAUAUGCAUGUUCACAGAGAGAGAGGGGGGGAAGGGAUAGUUAAAAGAGAUGGAAUGCUAACCUGGCAGGCAAGCAGAGAUGGACAAUGCUAGCACAGAGAGAGGAAUGGGUAGGGAAGGGGUUGUUCAGAAACUGGACUUUGAGUGAGAAAAAUGCUGGCCAGUAACUGGUACAUGACCACUGCUUUGAAAUGGGGUCUGAGGGGGACCAUUAAGAGUGUUACACUUAUCUGACAAAAGCCCUGGCCCAAUUCUGUUCUAGAUAUUUUUGUUUAGUUUGCCCACUUCACACGCUUGCCUCGCUCUGGAGACGGCCCUGUAACACCCAGACAUCUCAAAGCCUCUAUUUCAAGGGCAGUUCCGUUUCUCCUUGUGAAGAGUGGAGGACAGUUGCCCUCGCUUUCAUGCUCUCCAAACAAGCCUGCUCAACAUCUAUGACCUUUUCGUGCUGCAGUUAAUAGCUACAAACUUACACGCAUGCAUACGUGCACUCAUACAUUAAGACGGCAGCAGAGGGUUGCCUCGUUUGCUGCUAGAGAAGCCAAGCUGUCCAAGUAGCGAGCCCUUUUACUUGAAAAUGGAAUCACUCCUCCAUCUCAUUUCAUUCACACUCCAACACUUUGGGAAGAAUGAGAGAUCAUUUUGGAACUUCCCAGCAGUGGAGGGAGGGAGAACAAGGUACCCCUACUUAAAUUAAUUUACACCAUUUCUCAUUCCUUCUGUGUGAAGUCAGCUACUUUGCUGGGAUGGAGUGGGGUUGUGGGGGGAGGAGGGUUGGGGGGGGGGGGGUGGUGGUAUGACUGUAAAUUGUAAGUUGUACAGUUUUUUUCAAGCACCUUGCUGUACCCGAUUUGUAAAAAUGGUCUUAAAUGACAAAAAAAGUGUUACAAAAAAUGUUCCAUUACACUGGUUCCAAUAGAAUGUUUAGCUUUAUGAUGAGCGUUCCUCUCUUUGUGGAGUUCAGAUUGUUUGUUUAAAUUUGUAGGCCUCUUAUAAGAAAAAAGAUGUUGUGGUAUAUGCUACAAAAAGCUGUUUUGGCAUAUUCCUGUACUUAAGAAGUAUUGGCUCCUGGUGUUGGAAGAUAUAUAGCCUACACAGAUACAAAAAAAUAACUUGAUAGUAAAUUGGACUUUUUUGUUUUUUAUUUUGUUUUUUCAUAGACGGUAGGAAAUAAUUUAUCAUUUUGACUGCUUCGUGUAAUGGGAGACAUUAUUAUUAAGAAUAAGGACAGGAUUUUAUGUAAUUUUUUAAAGCAGGGUCUUUAACGGCCAUGUACAGUGUAUAGUGUAGUUUCUACAGUGGAGAUGGCAAUGCUGAUAUCUCUACAGAUACUUUAUAUAUGUCAAAUGGCAGGUGUUGUUUACACACCCUAGUCAGGAUCUUGGUAUUAUUGGUUGGUACACCCCAACAGCUCCCCUGAAUGAAAUUCAGUGCCAGUCAGAUGGUACUUGUUCUUGUCCAUCAGAUGCACAUAUCAAAAGAGAGCUCUAAACAACCUUCCUAUUUUUUAGACAGGACAAGAUGUGAUGAGGUGAGAGAAUGCUGCAGGCAGAAAAUGGGCAUUGCUCAGAAAGGGUCUCUUUAAAUGGUCAUCUUCAAUAUUACGAGGUCCCCUGGCUUCCCCCUAAUCAUAGCAAUGGUCAUGAAAAUAGUGACAAUUGAGGGAACUUGUACAGCCAUCCAGGAGGCAAGCCAGUUCUGGCAACUAACUCUAAGUCUAACUAAGCCUACUAAGUCUUCGCUACUGCUAUGAAAGUCGCUCCACUGAAAUCUGCUUUACAUGCACGGCAUAGCCAAGGGGACAUUUCAGUUUCAGAAACUGAUGUACAUUAUUUACUCCUUUAUUUGAACUAUUUUUAAAAGGAAGUAUUUGUGCCUUGUGUGCACUUUUGUUUUUAUGGAUUUCAAAGUUGUUGGCCAAACGAACUGCACCAGUACUCUGAGAAAGGUUUGGCCGGCACAGUUCAGCUGAGCUUCCCUCCUCCUCCACUGUGGAAUAGCUGGUCGCUUCCCAGGGGCCAUGCCCUGACACCACACCACAUGUCCUGUGAACUAGCCUGCACAGUUAGCAGUGCACCAUGUUAUUAUUACGUUCUAUUUUUUAUUUUUUUUUAAACUUGUACCUAAUAGAACUGUAUCAUGCAGACAAGGGCCUACACAAAAUGGAUGGUCUUGCAUAUAAAGGAAUGCCAUUGAUAUCCAAAUCCAUGCAUGUAAAAAUAUGAUUACAUUUAAUGAUAUGGUCGUAAUACUUAUUCAAAGAUAAUCACUAUUGUCGGAACUGUUACAAUUUGGCCGAAACACCACAUUGACAAGAGCUUGCAGUAUUUUGAUAAGAAUGCAGUGUAUGUAGGCAUCUGUUUAUGAAAAUUUUUUGUCAUAGGCUGACAGCGAAGCUGUGGAGUAUUAUAUGGCUUUAGCCACAUCUUCCUUGGGUGGGGCUAGCCCACUACAGUCCCACUACAACAGGAAAACGUGUCUUUGAUUUGUCAACAUGAAAUGUUGGCUCCAGUAAUCUAAUAUAACUGAAAGGAGCCAGUUUCUCAGUUGGCUUCAAGGCAAUAUGCAAAUUCCAUUAUCAUGUAUAUUUUUAUUGUAAAUCCAUCUGGCGAUUCUGCCCUUUUUUACUGUCAUGCAAGCUUUGAGCCCAUACACAGAGACAAUUCUUCUCUUUCCUUUCUUUCUAGAUAUUUUAGUAUUGAUGCUUUGUGUAACAAUGCCCUAAAAACGUGUGUUUCCAAAAUUCAACCUGAAACAGAUGGUGGGAAGAGUGAGAUAAGAGAGUGAGAAAAAAAACACCAGAGAGUGAAAACCAUCACUUUAAUUUGGUCUCUUUUGGAUUUUCCAUACAUGCAUCACAAGUGUAGCCCACUGGACUUUGCCUCUUAAUAAAAAAGAAGCGUGCUUCUUUUAAACUUUGUGUCGCUGAGUGUGCUAAUGACUUGAUGGUUUCGACUGAGGUGGUAGGCAGCUUAUUUUGGAUUUAAAGGGUACUUGAGUUAGUUGCGGCCAGUGGACUGAGUAAUCGAUGUGUUUGGACUAGUGAGCUGUCCUGUGUUUUUGACCAGUCCAGACAAUCAUAGGUAGAUGUGUCAUUGUAUUUGCAUUGGUUAAGAGUGGAGGGACACUGUCUCACUGGAUGCUGGGAGUGGGAGCAUGUUACUGAGGUGUGCGUGCCUUUCCUGUUGCAGCUCAGAUAUGAAUGUUGUUUUGCUUAUUGUAUAUUCCAGGAUACAGACGUUCAGGCAAACAGAUGUCUCUGACUAUCAUGAAAUGAAGGAGCUGAUUGGUUGCUUGAUUGGUUCCCUGGAUCAAAGACUAUAUCCCCUUUUCUGGGCAUAGAUUUGCAUGUGUCACAGAAGCUAUAAGCCUAGCUGGCUUUCCAGGCUUGGCAUGAUAUAGACAUUGGAUCCUUAUCAUGUCUCAGGUUUGGGAAGGGUUAAAUUAGAGGCCUACUGUCCUCAAAUCCAGAAACAAACAGCGAGUUUUAUUAUUUGACUUUAUUUUCAUUGAAAUUACAUAUGUAUGCAAACAAACAAAGUAUACUUGAGCAGGUUUCUCAGCAUAUAGCAGUCCAAAGUUACCCUGCCUAAUCAUGGACAAAUCAUGAACUAAGGGCAUUUCGCUUUCCUCUGAUCUUAAAUAGCAGCAUCACUGUGUAUAUAUGAUACCACAUCACCUCUACUAAUGGCUAAAAUCAGCUCUAAGGUACAUGGCUAACUUAAUACUGGAAUCCAAUGUAGCCCAGUUUUCCAUCCCUAAAAAACACUACAUGUCACGUGACCAUACAACAUACCUGCGACUAAAAUAUCUCAACCAUAUGUAAGUCACAAAUUAUCAUUGAUUUAGCAUUUCAGUACUCUGUGUGUGUUUAUAUUAGCUUGUAUUAAAUAAAUCAAGAACUGCAAUGGUAGAAUGACAGCAGGUGGAAGAGUUGUGACUGAAAUAUAUCAAGAAUGAGAAUUUGUUUAUUCCAGAUACAGCAACAUAUUUAUAAACCGUUGAGGAUAUCUGAACUGUUUUUGUCUCAGGUCCAGUGGAAAAUGCUGAAUCAAAUAUAGGAUGUGGUUUGAGCGUAGCUUUCAUUAGUAGCUACAUGAUGUGCCCAUUUUACAGCUUGUCUUUAAAAAUAAUCAAUGGAUUUUUUUUUUUUUGGAAUGCAAUGUCCUCAGAUUCUCCUAUGAGACAAAAGUCCAUGGGCCUAUUGUUUUGAUCUGUUCCCAAUGACAGGAGGCCUUCAAAAAUUGUGCUCAUUUUGAUAUUUUACAUGUAUUUAUUUCUUUGACCUGAAAUGUAUUGGGCUACCAGUGAGGAUGUUUGAAAAAGCUUAGGUUUUGAUGAUGAUCAGAGCCUCAUUUGAAUCACAAAAGAUAAUCUGUUAUUUCUCAUCUACAAUUUAGUGUUUUUUUUUUCAUUAAUUUAAUUGGCAGACCAGUGACUGGUGUGUGAUUUAGGUAUUGUUCAUCGCCCUGGACUCAGGUAGUCCUUAUGUCAUGCCCUCCUCUGUAGAAUUACCAGAGAGAGAGAGAGAGAGAGAGAGAGAGACAGAGAGAGCAGCCCCACCUCACAGCUGGGCAUCAGACCUUUACUGUUUACACAGUGUUGUGUUACACACAGUAUUGAUUGUCCAACACGUAAAGGUAAAAUGAAGAAGGACAGAUAUAAACAGUGAAUACCAAAAAUUAUUGUGAACAAGCAGUGCCUGUCGUUUUACUGCAAGUUGUAUUUCUUUGUUUCUGUAACCGUUGGUCGUUCCUAAGCUCUGUUCUGUGUACAUGUUUUCACCCUGAGGCUGGGGGAGCUAUGUUUUUAUACCACUGGCCCCUGCAUGCUGCUGUCCGCCAUGCCCCCGGAUUCUCCCCAAGGGGGCUCUCCUUUGGUCUUUGAAGCUGCCCAUGCCCCUGCACUGAAGUGAGGGAAACUGGGGGAGGGGGGGUUCUUUUAAUGCCUCCAUGUUCAAGAUUCAGCCACCUUCAAAAUCCAAAUGGAAAUGUGGGUUAAUUAAAAAAAUACAUUUUAAGUGAGCCACUGCUAUUGGAUGAAAAAAAUGUAACCAUGCCAUGACAACACGUGUCCCCGCCAUGACAAUACGUGUCUCAAUUGUCUUCGUUACUGUUUUUGUUUGUUAGUUUGUUUUGGUUUUGUUUAGUUUUUUUUUUUUUUUAAAGCAUGCUGUUUGAAUUUCUCCCCACGCUGAGUUUAGUAGGGAGGAAAAGAUGAAAGGUUGAGGUGUUUUUCAGAGAACACUCGCACAGUGUUAAAUCUUAAAAGGUUUUUGUUUUGCCAUUAUACUCUACCAAUAUUACUGUAGUAGUUUGUCAUUAAUUGCUUGCUUGCUGCACAGCCAUUCCCUUCACACCAGGAAAGAGAGUGUGGAAAUUCAGUUUUACACACAGUUCAGAAUUGGACAGAGGAAACAGUAUACUGGCUAAAAUUGGUACUGGCAUACUUACAAUGCUUCAGAGGUUCUGUUUUUACUUGAUUAUAAGGAUAACAAUGCUUCAGCAGACGCUUAAUCACUAAUCAGUCUUUACAGGUGACAGAAUAAGAUACCGGACAACUGGAUUUGCCACAUUUUUUUUCACUGGUGUGUGGGGAAAAAAAACUUUUACAUCUUUGACAAUAUUUGAUUAUAACAUUGUAUUCAGCCAUCGCCGUUAGCAUACACUCAUUACUACAUUACUGGAAGUGAGUAUGUUUCCCUAUGCAAAAAAGUAUAAAACAAUAAACAAGCUAUGCUAAAAUUCUGAA